UCUCUCUCUCUCUCUCUGAGACACACACCCUUGUUCUCUCAGCAGUGGGCGGUCAUCUCUCUCUCUGUCUCUGUCUCUCUGUGUCUGUGUCUGUGUCUCAGCGAGGCUCAGGGUCGGAGGAUGUCAGCUCUCUCUCAGCAGCUCAGAUGAUGUGCUAGCGGUGAGGAUGGACUCCCACACACUGCAGUGAAGGCAGGUUUCCCGUCUGAAGCUGUUAGGUCAGUCGUACAGGAGCAGCAUCAUGGUGGACACAGCUGAGAGUGUGAAUAAAGACAUGAAGGUGUUUGUGGUGGACAGCCAGGCGCUUGCGCCCCGGGUGUCUGUGAGGAGGGACGGUCCGGCGCUCUUCAUCAUCUACCUGCUGCUGGCCGUGGCUCUGCUGGGGGUCUUCAUCGAGGCUGGCUUCAUCUGGCAUCUCUACAGCAGGUCCACGACAACAUCAGAUUUCCAGAUACUGGAAUAUAGUAAAGGAGAGAAGUCCUCGUUUCCCAGAAGUUCACACGAUUUAAAUGAAGUUUUGCCUGCAAAGCCUCCCAAAGCUGAGAGCAAACCCGCAGCAUUUCUGCAAAUCGCUUCGCCCGUGUCCGGUGGGAACGGCGUCCUGCACUGGAGGGCCGACAGCUUCCCCGUGUUCAUGAGGGGUCUGCAGUACAAGAACAACAGCCUGUACGUCCAGCAGGACGGGUACUAUUACAUCUUCUCCAAGAUCUCUCACAUGGAGAACUGCAGCUUCUUCAAGCACCAGGUGAUGCAGAAGACAGAGAGGUACAGCUCCAAGGCCAUCGAGCUGAUGCAGAGCUCCAGGUUCAUCUGCGUGCCCAGUAAAUCCCAGUGGAGGGGCAACAGCUACCUGGGAGGCGUCUUCCAGCUGUUUAAAGGAGACAGUGUGUUCGUGAGGGUCAAUAACAGCUCGCUGGUGUAUGGAGAAGUCUACGAGAACUUCUUUGGGGCCUUCAUGGUGUAAUUACUGACAUACUGCUGUGAGAAAAUCACACACGGGUUCUCAUUCCAGUUUAUACAUAAUAUGUUACAUGUUUGAUCAAUCUUUGCAAUAUAGAAUUGUGCUUUUUUAUUUUUUUUGACUUCUCAGGUGAAUAAAAUAUAUUUGAAUUCUGACCGACAGAUCAAAUG